GGGCAUGGGCAGGGGACGCGGCGGCCCCACGGCGGGGGCAGCGGGCGGCGGGGGCGGAGGCGGCGGCAGCUAGCGCCCUGCCCGGCGCCGCCUCCCUCGGCGCGCUCGCCCGGCGGGACCCGCAGGCGGCGGACCGGCCCCAGGUGGUGGAGAGUUGGGGAGAAUCCAGAGGACACAUCGUCAUCAUUUCCUCCUUUACCUUCUUACUGCCGAGGCUGCCUUGAGAGGCUCUGCCUCCCUGAAGGAACCGCUCCCGGUGACCCAGGCUCAGCACUAAGACGCUGUCAUCACAGGUUGCGUUUCCAGAACCAUCUAACCAACAUGGUAGACACAGAAAGCCCGAUUUGCCCCCUCUCCCCCCUCGAGGCUGAUGAUCUGGAAAGCCCAUUAUCUGAAGAAUUCCUACAAGAAAUGGGAAACAUCCAAGAGAUUUCUCAGUCCAUUGGGGAGGACAGUUCCGGAAGCUUCAGCUUUACAGAAUACCAGUAUUUAGGAAGUGGCCCAGGAUCAGAUGGAUCUGUUAUUACAGACACCCUGUCACCAGCUUCGAGUCCCUCGUCGGUCACUUACCCGGUGGCUCCAGGCAGUGCCGAUGAACCUUCCAGCGUAGCCCUGAACAUUGAAUGUAGAAUCUGCGGGGACAAAGCCUCAGGCUACCAUUACGGAGUUCACGCGUGUGAAGGCUGCAAGGGCUUCUUCCGGAGAACGAUCCGACUAAAGCUGGCCUAUGACAAAUGUGACCGUAGCUGCAAGAUCCAGAAAAAGAAUCGAAAUACGUGCCAAUACUGUCGUUUCCACAAGUGCCUUUCGGCUGGGAUGUCCCAUAACGCAAUUCGUUUUGGACGGAUGCCAAGGUCUGAAAAAGCAAAACUGAAAGCGGAAAUUCUCACAUGUGAACACGACCCAGAAGAUGCUGAAACGGCGGAUCUGAAAUCCCUCGCCAAGAGAAUUUACGAGGCCUACCUCAAGAACUUCAACAUGAACAAGGUCAAGGCCCGGGUCAUCCUGGCGGGGAAAGCCAACAACAACCCGCCCUUUGUCAUACAUGACAUGGAGACACUGUGCAUGGCCGAGAAGACUCUGGUGGCCAAGUUGGUGGCCAACGGCAUCCAGAACAAGGAAGCAGAAGUCCGCAUCUUCCACUGCUGCCAGUGCACGUCCGUGGAGACGGUCACGGAGCUCACGGAGUUCGCCAAGUCCAUCCCUGGCUUUGCAAACUUGGACUUGAACGACCAAGUCACUUUGCUGAAAUAUGGAGUUUAUGAGGCCAUAUUUGCGAUGCUGUCUUCUGUGAUGAAUAAAGACGGGAUGCUGGUAGCAUAUGGAAAUGGUUUUAUAACUCGUGAAUUCCUAAAGAGCCUAAGGAAACCGUUUUGUGAUAUCAUGGAACCUAAGUUUGACUUUGCGAUGAAGUUCAACGCGUUGGAACUGGACGACAGUGAUAUUUCCCUUUUCGUGGCUGCUAUAAUUUGCUGUGGAGAUCGGCCGGGCCUUCUCAACGUGGGACACAUUGAAAAAAUGCAGGAGGGCAUCGUGCACGUGCUCAAACUUCACCUGCAGAGCAACCAUCCAGACAACAUCUUCCUCUUCCCAAAGCUCCUGCAAAAAAUGGCAGACCUCCGGCAGCUGGUCACCGAGCACGCGCAGCUCGUACAGGUCAUCAAGAAGACGGAGUCUGAUGCCGCCCUGCACCCGCUGCUGCAGGAAAUCUACCGGGACAUGUACUGACGGCUGCGAAGCGAACGGCGAAGCGCGCGGCUCUCCGAGGGUCUUUCCAAGGCGACGCCCUACCACGUGACAAGUGGGAGCCACGCCCACUUUGCACAAAUUCCACCAUUCUCACCUUAGAGAACGGGACGAAAGCUCUAGGUAACCGGAACCCUAGUCCGCAUUUCUCUCUCUCUCUCUCUUUUUCUUUCACACCAGGACUUCUCAGAGCAUGCCAAGUACUGACAAGCUGGUGACAAGUGGCUAAGAUGCAGUUCUUGGGAAGUCAAGGGGAGUGACGCGCAGCGGUCUGGUUUUGACUCACCCGGUGUUAGUGCGGAUUUCUUCGUGUCGCGUUAGCAAUUUACUGUCGGAUUAACUGGUGACCUCGACAUAUGUGGUCGGCCUCCUCUUUUCCCCACCUUUUGACUCUUGUGCUCCUGUAUCGUUUUGAAAACUAAUCGGCACUUUUUAACUUUUAUGAUCCUGUAAAUCUAGAGGAACCCAAAGGUUAGGUAUGUAAAAAGCGGUAAAAUAUUUAUUGGGAAGGUGUUAAUUCUGUGUCCCGCGUGUGAGGAAAGACAGCAUGCUGGUUUUUAAUCGGAGGAUUUAAAGUUUCCGAGAUAUGCCUGAUAAGCCAUCGGGAUGCAGCGGCCGGUUGGUUUUCGCUGUCUUUGUGGUUGUGGCUAGUGCGCAGCAAAGGCCCGUUUCCAGGUUUGUGUGGAAGAUCCCAGGAAGCCACGUCCCCAGACCGCCCCUGGGCUUGACGGCCGCCCGUUUCGAGCUGGCGUCUGUGGGAGCAAGACAAAAAGAAAGUAUGUCAGGCUCUCUGUUCCUCUGACCUCUGUUUCCAAACCUGAACCGACCGAGUCAGGUUGUCUGGGGGCCACGAAAGCGUUUUCAGGAGCAAACUGACAAACGGUCUGUCGAUGUUCCUCUGAGCCCUGUGUGUCAAGGCAGCUCCUUGGUCUUUUCCUGUGUCACUUUUUCAAAUGGGCAGCUUUAUUUUUUUAACCCUUGGUGAGAGCAGCUGCUCCCGAGAGUGGAGAAAAUGAGGCAGACACGGGCCAGGGCAGGGGUGGUGGGGGCACCUGGAGAGUGAGGGGGGCAGGCACAGAGUCCUUCGUGUGGUAGCUUUCCCAACACCUAAAAUACUUAUUUCAGCCUUAAAGGUCAUUUCUCAACCUCGGUCUGGUUAGGAAAGCAGUGUUGAUCGUGGCUUUUGUCUAGAACAUACGGACCCGGAAAGACUCUCUCUUUCUGUCCACCAUGGAAGGUGAGCGUCCCAUGGGAGGGUGGCGGCAGUCCCCGCCCUCCAAGCCAGGCCGGGCUGAGCCUGCCAGGGCUGAGGCUUCCGGCGGGGGGCGGGGGACACCGGCCACCUCUCCUCCCAGCAGCACUUAGGACCUGGUUGUGCCCUCAGCGCCCCUCCCCCUCUGUCUUUAGAAAAUGUGGCUCUAGUGGGUCGAUGCUAUUUGCUGUUGGAAGAAUGAUCAGGAUUGAAAUUGAUCAAGUUCCCAAGAUCGGCACCCUGGGAAUGCAGCCACAGAGAGGGCAGCUGAGGUUUCAGCUGGAAAAGGCAAACGCUACAACGGGAGCAUCCUUUUCAGAAUUAAACGUGGGUGGUACUUUUCACUUUUCACUCUGUGGAAAGAUCCAGUUAAAGGAUCUGUUGGAAGCAAGUGAAAGCAUUUCCACAUAUGGAUGACACCCGUCAAGAGGUCAUCCGAAAUCAGAAGGGAGCUCAGCUUUGAGUCAGAGGCGCGUCCGCGUCCUGCCCUAGGACGGGGCUCCCUGGAUCUGUGGGGCCGAAGGGCCGUGGCUUGUCCACAGGUUCAGGGACAGAGGCUACAUUCCGAUGCCAGGUCCUUGCUGCCUCUGUUGACCACUGGCCUCUCUCCUGAGGUGCCCCAGAUAGACGCUGUUCACAGACGUGGCCUCGGAAAGUGAGCCUCGAGACCCAGGCUUUCAGAAGAGUCGCUCACACCGUCUCUAUUUUCAUGAAACUUAUUUUUGAAAACUCCUGAUUUCAUGCAUCCUGUGGCGACAGGCUGACAAAGCCACAGGUCCUGUGUUCCUAGCGUUGGCGAGCAUUUGGCACUCUCGGGGCCCAGCUAGACUCCCAGGCACGUUCCCGGUGAAGCCACAGAGGAGGCCACGGAGACCUCAGCUCGAAAGCCACUUGAACUCGUUCACGUUUAUCACACAUUCGUUUUAAAUAAUAGUCACUAAUCGCCACUCAAUAUUUUGGGUCACCUAUUGAAAAGUUUCUCAGACCACUGAUAGUCAGAUGGACAAACUGUUCACCAGUUCAAAAUACUGUAGCAUUUCCAGUAGGGACUCUUUAAACUGCAUGCAGUGCCUGCUGGGUUUCAGUUGACGUCAGCGUGAAGUUCAGUAGAUGGGACACAACAGGUUCAAGAAGCCUCGAGCCAGAGCCCGGAGCCCUUCCUCUCCUGGUGGACUGGCCCACGGGGCGGCUCCCCUCUUCACCAAGCCGCAAAUGCCAAACGCCCGGGAGACCACAGGAUUACGAACGGCCUUUGCAGGGCUGACAAGGAUGAAUCCUGAGCCCGGGAGCCAGCCGGACCUCUCCACCCGAUUCCCCCAGCGUCCCUCCUCUUUUGCCUCCUGGGCAGGUCCGGCCGGGCGUCCCACACGCUGAAUUCUGCCCCUGCCACCCUGAGGGCUGCACGCGCCUGCGGCCAUUUCGGCGAGGCCCAGCAUCAUCAAAACCAGGGUGCUGGCCACUGCAUCAGCACGCGGGGGAAUCGCCGGAGCGCCAGAGAGCUGCUCCGUCCUUCCCUCCUUGCUCGAGUUUUCCCUGCAGCCUUCCUCAGACUCUUGGACGAGACGCAUUGAGAGCAUCUUCCUAAAGAGAGCACUUCCUAAAGAGUAAGAACGUGAAGUCCAGGAGAAGAAACGUGGUGCCCAGGGCGUUCCAGAAUGCCCGCAAGAGCUGUCCCUGUGGUCAAGGGAUUCUUUUCGUUUUCAAAGCAAGAACGUCUCUUUCCGGGUUUUGGAUGCAUUUCUUACUCUGGGCCGUCCAGAACUCUAAGGAAACGAGCAGCCUCAAGGGCCGCGUGGCGGUCCCCGAGACCGGGCAGCGCCCCACGAUCUGAGCAGAAGCUCGAGGCACAAG